AACUGUGUAACCAAAUAGAGGGCUGCGCUCAGGAUAAUAAAUAUUAGAAUAAAAGGAGCGCUUUUAUUUCCCAUAUGAGAACAUGUCGGUGGCAUUUUCAUCGGCGCGCCCCAGGAGUAAAGGGGAGGUGACACAGCAAACCAUUCAAAAGAUGCUGGAUGAAAAUCAUCAUUUAAUACAAUGUAUAAUGGAUUACCAAAGCAAAGGCAAGACAGCUGAAUGCACACAGUAUCAGCAGAUCCUGCACAGAAAUCUUGUUUACCUGGCCACGAUAGCAGAUUCGAAUCAGAACAUGCAGUCGCUACUACCUGCACCUCCCACUCCCAAUAUGUCCAUGGGUCCUGGAGGGAUGGGCCAGAGUGGGGGACCAACUCCGAUCAACCUCAACGACAACAUGGCACCAGGACUGCCCCCCACAUCAAUGAUGCAGAGCCAAAUGAGCAACGGCCCCAGCCAUGCCCCCAUGCAGCAGCAGUCUGGUCAGGUGCAGUCGGCUAUUCCCUCCGCGUCCCUCAGCCUGCCCGCCAGCAGCUACGGUAGCUCAGCCUCAGCCUCCUCCGGCUACAGCCACGCUGCGCCCUCCUCCCAGGGCAGCAUGAUCCAGGGCCCUGCGCCUGGCUAUGGCUCUUCCUCCUCUUCCUCCUCCACAUCCUCAUCCUCCUCAUCCUCCUCCUCCUCCCGCAGCAACCUCAACAUGCAAUCCAACCAAGUUUCCAUGAUGCACCAACAGUCUGCUACUCCGCACUACUCCUCAGCCCAGGCUGGGGGUCAACACUAUCAGGGACAGCAGGCCAUGGGCAUGAUGGGUCAGGGCAGUCAAGGAAACAGUAUGAUGUCUCAGAGACCCAUGGGGUCCUACCGCUCCUCACAGCAAGGAUCUGCACAGCAGUACAUGGGACAAGACGAGUUCUACGGAGAGCAGUAUGGACACACUCAGAGCUCCAGCGAGCCCAUAAACCGGCAAUAUUACCCUGAUGGUCACGGGGAGUACUCGUAUCAACAGUCGUCAUAUGGCGAGCAAGGCUACGACAGAUCCUUUGAUGAAUCUUCACAGCAUUACUAUGAAGGAGGUAACUCUCAGUACAGUCAACAGCAGGCCCAGUAUCAGCAGGGUUCUGGCCAGCAGCAGCAGCCCUUCAGCCAGCAGCAGUACUCCUCUCAACAAGGCUACAGUGGACAGCCACAGGGAUACGGUCCUGGCCAGGGUGGAUCCUCCCAGUAUUCUCAGUAUCAGCAGGGUCAAAGCCAACAGUACGGCUCCUACCGCUCCUCCCAGGGAGGCCCUGCAGCACAGACGCAGAGGCCAUAUACCUAUGAACAGGGUCAAUAUGGAAAUUAUCAGCAAUAAGGUACCACAUUAUUUUCCUGUUGGAGGAAAAUCCACAAGGAACGGUUCGACAGUGACGCGUUGGCUCAGCUGUAGAUUGGAAGAUCUGGCUGCUUCAGAUUUAUUAUCCUCUCAUUAAUCACUAUUCUAGCUAAGAAUACAUAAUCUAAACAAAUGUGAUGCUUUCCUCGUCUGUUUUGCUCACUACAGGGUUCUAGCGGGUAGCUGGAGGUGUGAAGUGCCACUGGCCACCCUACGAAGAGUCAGGGUGCUUAAAGUAAACCUUCCGUAUGGGCACUAAAAAGGAGCCGUAAAGUCAUUCGAUGAGCCUCAACAAAUUGCCUGCAUCGUUCUCUUUCUUUUCUGUCUUUGCCUUUCACUCGUCUUUAUCCCAUCCCCUGCUUUUAAUGUUUAUUUUAUUUUACAAGCCUCUUUCUUUAAUCUUUUUUCUGGUGUACAGAGCAGGCCCGCAGUUUGUGAGACUGAGGCUAUAAAAAGCAAUUUAGCCUUGAAGGAAAUGUUCCUUGAUAUUUAUCUAAUAGACUAGGUCCAGCUCUUGCUUUAAUUCCUAGUUGAGGCGCUGUUAUAUCUCACGAUAAGGGGAAUUAAUUUUAUGAAGGUGAAAUCGUUGGUCCUUAAACCUGACUCGAUCAGGGGGUUUGUCUGUGUUAGUCAAACUGUGAUGUGUUGCUGUGUGGUCUAACAUUAUGUGUUUUCACUCUCUGUGUAUGUCUUUCUGAGGUAAUAGACAAAAUAGUUAGCCGACUGAUCCAGACUUAAACGUGUUUAUCAUCGUCCAUGAUAAUCAUACAUCGUGGUAGUAUUUUUGGCAUAUAUUUUCGGUGGUAUUGCUCUACACAGACAUAUCGUUAUUGUGCAGAGUUAAGAGGGGUCAUACUACUCUGAUGCCAAUCAGUAAUGAUUUUACAUAAAAAACACAUAGCCACUUUGUCUGCACUUUAUUUUGCAGUGACUGUAUAUUGUUGGAUAUUUUGUAUUGUAGUGCAAUUCAGGCUGUUUUUAACGAAUGAUCCUCAAAAAGCCAAAGUGACACAGGAACAGGACGGUAGCGUGUCCUGCACCUCUACUUCAAUAAGUGCAAUACACUCAGUUAGUCAUGUUGAGGUUGGUUCUUAUAUGGUGAGUUUAAACUCUAUAUCAUUAUUUGUAGUUUGUUGACAUACAGUGAUGGCAAAGACUAUAGGGCUGGUUAAUAAUGUUAUUAAAUGUUAUGUUGCAGGUUUCAACUGACAUGUCAUAUUUAAGAAAAUCAUUUUUUUUGUAUUUAUGUGACUUAUGGACAGAUUAUGUGAAGUCUUUCAACACUUACAUAAAGCUUAAAUAUUCCUUUUUUCAGUGAAAACUUUUAUCAUCUUUUGUUUUAAAUUAACAAAAUACUGUAAUGCUUAAAUAAGACAAGGGACAUAGAAGGUUCAUGUUUAUCUAUCCAUGUGUGAUUACAAAAUGGGCAUAUAUUAUAUUGUUUAUUUAUUUAAAAGAAGUCAGACAACACUUCUGGUCAUUUCACUAAUAUUUCUUACAGUUUGAGCAGUAAUGAGGAUUAUCAGUGUGGCUGUGAGGGUCCAGCUUUGCAGUAUAUUCUGUAGUAACUCAGCUUAUCUCAGAGAGGUAAAAUAACACAAUAUAGUUGCAGGGUUAAUCAAUAAUGGGAGAUACAUGGCUGUCAAACAGCUUAAUAACUAUGUACCACUCAACAGUGACAAUCACAGGCUUCUCUAUACUACAUUGGAUUUGUAUCAGUGUUUCAUUUUACUGUGACCUGAACAUGUAUGGCAAGUCUUUUCUAGUUCCAUGUAGUGUGUCAUCACUGAUGUGGGUGGUACGCCUUGUUUGUUUGUGUGUGUGUUUGCAUGUAUGUAAGAGAGGGAGAGUGAGAGAGAGAGAGUGAGAGAGAGAGAUACGUUUGGUGUGCAUAAUCCAAAUAUGAAUGUUAUCUACUCAUCUAUUGUAAGACUGCAUUGCCUGAUCUUUUCUGCUGUCUUUUGUUACUGUUUGUUAUAUAAAAAAUAAACUGACAUUCACCUUU